AUGAGAAUUGAUGAGAAAAGACCACCGAAAGACACAGUUCAGGAACCUGAGACACUGAGAAAGACAGAACUGAUGAAGAAAUCAGGUGGAGUCAAACUGUUCUACAUGUUGACUGGAAAAACAAAUAACUCUCAUAAAAGUUUUGUUGACUCUCUGAUGAACCAAGUGGAAGAUCUGAGAGAAGUUCCUACAGUGGAUGAGAGUGACAUUUUUCUGGUUUACUGUCCUGUUGUUUCUCGACAUGACAUUAAUUUAGAAGCAGCACUUAAAAGAUUCACUGACUCUACAGCUUCUAAGCUGAAAGUUCUAGUGGUGCUACAUAACACAUUUGACCCAGAGAAAACUGUACCAGACAGCAGCAGAUGUGUCAACAGGACAGAUAUACUGACAGUGGACUGUUUGUUCUAUGAAGACACAGGAUUACUAAAGUGUCAGAAAAAUGAUGAUGCAAUCGACAAAGUUGUGCACUGGUUAAGACAGCAGGCGAAGUCAAAGGGAGUCAAUGAAUAUCCACCUAAAAACAAAUCAACAUUUUCAACAAACUGGACACAGCGGAUGAAACUGGGAUCUUCAAGCAACAGAACAAUAACAACAGCGAGGACAUCAACUGCAGCAGCAACCUCCUUAACAUCAGCUGCUCCCUAUGCACAGCCAAUGAGCUUUAGAACAGUGAAAUAUUUUGUUACCUUACCUGGAAACAGACAAUAGUAUCACACCGACAUUCUAGAUGCCCUACACAGAGAGACUCCAGGUCUGGUGAAGGUUUCUACAGGUGCAAGAGAACAGACAAGCCUGUUGUUGACAUUGUUCUCCAUAAUACACUAGAUUCAACAUCUGUCCCAAAGAGCAAUGUAUGUUUAAACAAUCCAGAUGUUUUCAUAGUGGACUGUGUUAUCUGUGAAGCAGUUGAAGAUCUACCUUUAUGCAAAAUAAACAUAGAGGCAAUUACUGCAGUGUCACAAUGGCUCAGCACUAAGGUGAUUUAAGAUUUUUCCGGAUUGCUGACACAACUCACACAAUGGAUAUCGAUAUGUAUAUGCCUCAAACUUUCAUGUCAAACUCAA